AUGCCGGGUAAAACACCCUCGCGCAACGGGAAGGAGCCCCUCGAGAACGGCGUCCGCAAAGACGAGGCCAAGAACAAGAAGAAGACGGCAAAGGACGGCGACGAAGAGAUGACUGUCGUCGUUCCUCCUUCGAAGAAGGCCGCUCCCCCGGCCGGUGAUGCCGAUGGUGACGUCGAGAUGGGUGACGAGAACCAGGAUGACGCAGAGGUCAAGGUCGACCCCGCGGUGCAGGCUGUGUCAGACAUCAAGAGCAAUUUCGCUCUGCUAGAUCGCGCCGUUGCCCUCUUCGAUGCCAGAUUCUCCCUCCGAGCCCUGCGGUCAAUCUCGACCAUUCGCAAGCGUCUGACGCCCGACAUCCUCGCCCAGGCCAUCGUCGAGACCUUCCCCGCGACCGUCACCUCUGGCAACGUUGCCAAGCAGCUUCUCAUUGCUAUCGGCCGCGAAAACGUCCCGCUGGGCCGCUCUAGCGGUGCUGAGAUGGAGGUCGACAGCGAGCCCGCCAAGGCCGCGAAGAACGGCCAGAAGAAGGAGGCGAAGGAGAUCAUCCCGGAGAUUGACAUCUUCCUCGGCAUCCUCGUCCAAGUUCACCUGUUCGACUCGAAGCAGUACCAGCGCGGAGCCGAAUUCUCCAAGCAGCUCACCGACCGCAUCCACACCCUGAACCGCCGCACAUUAGACUCCCUCUCCGCCAAGGUCUACUUCUACUACUCCAUGUUCUGCGAGAACCUCGCUCCUCAACCCUCGUCUCCCCAGUCCCCGGUCGUCGCCAUCCGGCCGACGCUCCUGGCGGCUCUGCGUACCGCGGUGCUCCGAAAGGACAUUGACACGCAAGCUUCGGUUAUCGUGCUGCUGCUUCGCAGCUACCUGCUGACGUCUCACAUCGCGCAAGCCGACCUGCUUGUUUCCCACACUCAGUUCCCCGAGAACGCUGCCAACAACCAGGUUGCCCGCUUCCUGUACUACCUCGGACGCAUCCGCGCCAUCCAGCUCAGAUAUACUGAGGCACACGAGCACCUGACGGCCGCGACCCGCAAGGCCCCCUCAAGUGCUGCCGCCGUGGGCUUCUCCCAGACCGCGACCAAGCUUCUGCUCGUUGUGGAGCUGUUGAUGGGUGACAUCCCCGAGCGCUCCACCUUCCGCCAGCCUACCCUCGAGCUGGCCCUUCACCCGUACUUCCUCCUCGUCCAGGCUGUGCGCGUUGGUAAGGUGCAGAACUUCGAGACGAUUAUUGCCGACCACGCCGAUACCUUCCGCCGUGACGGCACCUACAGCCUGAUCCUCCGCCUCCGCCAGAACGUCAUCAAGACCGGUAUCCGCAUGAUGUCUCUGUCGUACUCCCGCAUCUCCCUCCGCGACAUCUGCAUUCGUCUCGACCUGGGUAGUGAGGAAUCUGCGGAGUACAUCGUCGCCAAGGCCAUCCGCGACGGCGUCAUUGAGGCCACCCUGGACCGCGAGCACGGCUACAUGAAGAGCAAGGAAGUCGGCGAUGUCUAUGCUACGCGGGAGCCUGGUGAAGCCUUCCACGACAGAAUUCGCGCUUGCUUAGCUCUUCACGACGAGAGCGUCAAGGCCAUGCGAUUCCCCAUGAACCAGCACCGCCUCGAGCUGAAGAACGCCCAAGAAGCCCGCGAGCGCGAACGCGAGAUGGCCAAGGAGAUACAGGAGGGAGACUUGGACGAGGACGACCUCGGCGGCGACUUCGAGGGAAUGUAA